AUGGAUCAGUCGCUAUCGCUUAUUUCGGCUCAGGUCCAGUUCAUGGACGACCGACUGGCCCUAGUCCAUAUCCCACUUGACCUAUAUCCGUACUUCUUGAACCCCAUUCUCCAGGUCCUUUUCCACGAAGUGCCUCCGCUAGAAGAAGCUCAUGGCGCACAUGGGGACAACGGCCAUUCGGAUGCCUCACGACGAGCCCAGCCUGCGUUCUUGAACCUCUCGAUCACGCCGGUCGAAUGCUCCAUCAUGUGUCCGCGGCAGCUGGCGAACCAGUACUUUGCUCCGCUGGUCGAACGCUUCGUGAAUACUAGUUCCUCCUCGCAGAGUCGCUUAUCGAUCAGCCAGGACGAUUUCAUUGCGAUGCAGGUGUACGGCGAAGGGCUGGAGGCGGGCCAACGAGUGCUGGAGCUGACGAGUCCCCUGGCCAUGGCAGGAAUCUCUAUCUUUUUCAUUUCCACCUACUUUGCCGAUUACAUCAUAGUGCCCCUUCGCAGUAAGACACAGGUGAUCAAGGCCUUGGAGAAGCGAGGCUUCCAAUUCGAGAUGUCGACCGAAGCAUUCGUCAACAACAACCAGGCGCAGUUGAACAGCUGUUUCAGUCCCACGUCUUCACGCUCGUCAAGCAGUCUCGGCUCCCCGCCGGCGACGCCUCCACCCUCGUCACUCGAUGAACUGCAGACGCGCACCUUUUCCUCGUUACGGAGGAACCACAUCGUUCCCAGUGUGGACAAAUCCCUGCGCUUGGUGCAAUGCGCCGCCCACCACCCCUACAGCAGCGAAGAGAGCUCCAUCUCCAUCCUUCGAGAGGCACUCACCGUGGUACUGGUCGUGGACAAGCCGCGAUUCCUCUCGUUGACCCUGACGGCCGCCGACCCUGCCGCAUCUCUUCUCCUCGAAAAACGCCUUCUCCCCCGGUUCUCUCGCGACCCGACUUCCACCGGCGACUCCGACGAAGAAACCAGCCUUCUCCUCGGGUCGAAGGAAGAGAUCCUCGUCCCCAUCAUGCUCGAUCUGCGCAGCCUCCCCCUCGAAGCGACGGGCAUUGUCUGCGGCGUCGCCGGACGACUAGCUGACGCCACGCGGCACGACGAUUUCACCGACUCCUCCACCAUCCUCUCGCAGUCGUUCAACGGCAGCUCGUCGAUCGACAGCUCCAUCAAGCACUUGCUCUCGUCCAGCCUCGGGUCCGGCGGGCCCGUCAAACCGCCCAGCCCUAGCUUCGGUCGCCGCAGUCAGCAUGGAUCGGUGAACCCGCCCACCCACCGUCUGCAACCGGACCUGGAUGCUUCCAUCGAUGCCGUCGAGAUCAGUUUCUUGAGCACGGCCCGCGCGGGGACGAUCAUUGUCGGCGAGCACGAGCUGAAUCGGGCCGUCGAUGCUUUGGAGGCGGAGAGUCAUGGGUCCGAGAUGGAUGAGUCAUAG